AUGUACAUCAAGCUUAUGAUAGCUGCUCAUCCAGUUCGUGUAUUGCUCAUUAUUCUUAUCGCUGUCAAGUCUUCGGAAUCAAUACAAGAAAAGCCCAGGACUAAAAGAGCUAUCGUGACGGCUGGUAUCGCGCUUGGAUGUUCCACUGUGUCUGGUAAACUGAGCGAACUGACAGAAAUCUACAAGCCAGGGAACAUUGCGGCUAUAGAGAGUCUGAUUCAGGGAGACGUGUUCAGCAUCGUCGGCACAAUGAAAAAGAAAGGCGAAGAGGCCGGUAAGAAACCAUUUGAAAAUGCUGCUGAUACGGUAAAGAACGCAGGCAAAGAGGCCAUUGAUACGAUACAAAAAACAGCCGAAGAGGCCUUGGAUGAACUGAAGAGUGCCUCCAAAAAGAAAAACGAAGCUGGGACUAACUCCAGGACGGAAGAUUGUGAAGCUAAACCAGCAGGAAACAAUAUUUCGGAACAUGCAUGCUCAGACAUUGAGAACGAGAGUCGUGAACUGCACGAUCGAUUUGUGUGUAAAGUGUGCAUGGAGUGCCAGAUUCAAGUCACGUUCGUACCAUGCGGACAUCUUGUUUGUUGUGGGCAGUGCGCACUGGUCUUGGACGAAUGUCCAAUCUGCAGGACUGGCAUCUCAGGGAUGGUCAGAACUUACUACUGA